UCCCUUCUGGUACAUUCAGGUCACACUGACCCACGUGAGGAGAAUUUAGGCCUGUGCCCUCUCCUCACACAGCCUCCCGCCCGGUAUUACAUACAGAACCAGCAGCACUCGGCAUGCCGUGCACACACCCUCCUCUAUUCCACACUUUCAUUCCUCACCUUGAACAUGACAGCGGAGGUGAGACCGGGCUGCGAGAGGAAACUAGGCCGUGCUCACCUUGGCAACAACAAAGCCCUAGCAACGCGUCCUCCCAGAAACGCUACACUACGGAGACACACAUGGGACAAAUCUCAGAGGCGCUUCUACGAGUCAUGAAUUUAUUUGGUAUGUCAGGAACAUCCAUCUCUAUCAGUCUUCCUACAAGUGCCUCUAUAGAAUCGCUACCAGCAACAAGAAAUUAUGACAAAACGAAUCAAUCAAAGAUAACAAUUAUGAUGGAAGUGGGAGUUGCAGCCAUCUGUAUUCAGAGAGCGUGGAGAUGUCACCACAAUAGAAAACUUUUUAGGCUACUUAAACAUGCCAUCCGAGCAGCUGAAAAAUGUGCCACAUAUGGAAUCCUGAAGAAGGUCAGUCCACUGGAAGCAGAACUGCUGAAGGAUCCAGGAAUGCAGUGUAAAGUAAGAUUCAGAUUUGCAGGCUUUGAGUUCCCACCAUUCAUUGUCUUUAAGAUUUUUCACCGCUCAGGCAAUCAUAACAGCCGAUACAUCAGUGGAAAACGAGUGAUUAGUCCUUCAAGUGAGGCUGCAGUGGAUGCAUGUAAGCUGAUGGGGCAUCGAACAUACUAUGACCAAGUGAUUUAUGAUCAGCUUGAACAUCAGACAUACAAAGUAACAGAUGCUGUGGAUGUGGCCACUUUUAAAGAUUACAUGCAAUACAUAAGCCACCUCGAUGAGAUGCCAGCACACCUUGGAGGCCGGGAUAAUUGCUGGAGAAGAUUGUCACUGAAAAACAUGCCUCGAACAACAAUUAUGUAUGACAUAGUAAAUUAUGCAGAGUCUGGGACCAUUUCAGACAGACUUAAAGAUGAAAUUAAGUUGCUUCUUCAGAUCCCCAGAACUGAGGACAUACAGCAGAGACAGAUCAGUGCGAUCACACAAUACAGAUCCCCGGCGCCACCUCCAUCAUCGGCAAUCUCCGCUUACCUCUCAUCUCACUACUCUGUGGCCCCCAGAAAUACAUCGCGGAGAUCACAUAAGGCUCGGCUAAAAGUUCAAAAGAUGAAACGAGUUUAUGGCCUAGGAAAUGAGGGACAGGAUCUCACAGAUACUGGAGAUGUCACUCAGAGACGGUUUCUUGGUAAACAGAAUACCCUCAACCAAGCAGUGUUUUCUGAUGAUGACUGGGAGGAAGAAGCAGAAAAGCUUUAUGCUUGGAGUCAAGGCUUGUCACUGGAAGAACCAGCAAUGGCAUCUCCACUACACUUUUAAUGGCCCUAAUAUGACUUAUUCACUACUCACAAUAACAUUAAUGCCACGUACACCCGACAGUUAUUCAUGUCAUGCAAAAAAACAAAGUUUUUCUCGA